AGUAAAGGUCCGUUUGCCAUUCUUUUGAGCCAGUUUCUGUAAUAAUUUCCAGUCUUCAAACUAAGAAAUCACACGGUAUGCCAUAUGGAGCAGUAUACACUAACACUAUAUAAGAACACUAGUAAUGUUGUAUAGUAAGUAGUCUAUGUAGCAGUCUGAAGUUACAUGUUGAUAAGGCACAGCAAAUUCCAGAUUGUUGUUGUAUACAAGUGUGUUUUACUCAACAUCUCCACUAAAGUUCUUUGCUAAGCUAUAAAUUAAUAAUGACUUCGACAUCAUACGUGGAUAAUUUUGAGGACAGUUUGGAGAACCUUUCUGAUACGUUAAAUCGAAACUUAACUCUGAUGCAAGAACUCGACUCGAGAUGUCACCAAUUGAUGAGCAAAAUUGACCAAACAGCCGACAAUUAUAUGACAAAUGUCAAAGAAAAAUUGGUAGACAAAAAUAAUGAAACUUUGGCAAGCAUACAAAGUCAGUUUGACACAGCGAAAAAAUUCUCCGAUGAUAAAGUUCAAUUAUCUCUAAAUACUUAUAAAGUGGUGGAUAAACAUAUUAGGAAAUUAGAUUCAGUAUUAGCACGAUUGAAUGCUGAAAUUGAAUUCAAGGCUGAAUUUAGAGAUGCUGCCAUCAAUUCUACCAGAAAUCUACCACUGAAAAAAGGAGGUUCAAAUAUGACAAGUGCAGCACCUUCAGUCAGUGCUGUCAAUGAUGGAAAAAGCCUUACCAAUGUUGCAGUAAAUACUAGUUCCCUAAAUACUGGUGCAUUAGUUGGUGCUGGAGUUAAAUAUUUGGCUAAAGCAGACAUGCCUAUUGAUCCGAACGAACCGAAAUUUUGCUUAUGCAACCAAGUUUCCUUUGGUAAAAUGGUCGGCUGUGAUAACCCAGACUGUCCUAUUGAAUGGUUCCACUUUGGUUGUGUCAAUUUGAUUGCAAAACCCAAAGGAAAAUGGUUUUGUCCCAAAUGUUUAACAGAUGAAAAGGAAAAAUAACACAUUUUUAAAAUAAAAUGUAUUUAAAUCUUAUAUAUAU